AAGGUGUUCGGCGAGUUUUCUUUUAAGUCCCGCAAGCUGCGGCAAGCCACGGAGCUCCAUCACACUCGAAAAUGAGCAGAGUACACUGACUUGUUUUUGUUUAUAGCUGGGGUUUGUGGGUAACUGCUGAAUAGGAUUCUUAUUGUGUCUAUAGUUCUUUUGUCCAAUGAUGUGCCACCACCACGAGCUGCGCUAAUGGGAAUUUGCUAUAUGUAGGCGGGGCACAGCUGGGCAGACAGGUGCACAGAGAGAUCUGUGUACGCAGUUCAGCCAUGGCCACCAUUGACAUUAGCUAUAAAGGUUGCGAAUUUGAUUACCGGGAAAUCAUCGCUCCUGCUGACCCCGUGGAGUACAGUGAACUUAACGACAACCGAGAAGAGGACCAGCCAGGACCUUCAUCCUUUCAUUAAGUCCUGUGAGGACAGGACGUUGCUCUAGGGUUCUUCAACCUUGUUCUCGACGCUCGUCUGCCAACCACUCUUCCUAUGAUGACAAGACGUUGCUGAGGAGCUUGCUUCUGCUGCAGUUCUUCCUGCGGACAAGACGCUGUGAGAUGAGUCCCUCCACUCGCCACUACCUGCCACUGUCAUUUCACUUCACUUGUAUAUAAUGGUGUAAUGAAAGUACUCUGUGUGCCACUUUGUGCAGUAUUACUUUUGUGCCAGUAAACUAAAGAAAUGGUGCCAAGUGUUUCCUGUUAUCCUGCCUCUCUGAGUCUGCCUGAGUCUGGGUGUGUGUUUGUGCCUCGCUUCCCUUUGCUAGCCACGAAUCUUUGCCUAGAAGUAUCCCUGUGUUUGUUGCCGUCCCGUCCUGUGCUUUCCUGGGCUGCCGCUGUGGUAAGUGUGUUCCUGUCGCGGUUGUGGAGGCUGUGAGGACGUGAGGGCGGUGUGACAGUUGGUGUCAGGAGCUGUGGGAUUAAGUUUGGCUCGCGAGGUUGCCGGGUACGAGUGCACCAUGGCAGAUUCAGGUGCGAGAGGCAGUGAGAGGCCGGAAGGCAGUGAGCCAGAUUGGAAAAGGCUGGAAAACUUGGUCGCUGGGAUGGUUGUGCAAAUUAACAAAAUGGCACAGGAAACAAGGGAAAUUAAACAGGACAUAAGUGCAGUAGUGGUGCAAAUGGGCCUGGUGCAAAAGAAGAUGCAGGCAGCAGUCGGGGAAGCAAGACAGUUCACCUUGGAACACGACAAGAGGCUGCAGCAGGACCUGUCGAAAGAGUUCAAGGAAGAACUGGUGGCAGUGAGACAACACACUGAAGUCGUCAAGAGCAAGGUGGACGGCUGCCUGUGUCCCCUGGUGGUGGACAUUGGUGCGGCAAAGACCAUUGUCAGGGAAUAAAUAGUGGCAGCUCAAGAUCUCCCUGUGUUAGACCGGCAGCUGUGUGGCGUGACUGGCCACUGUACGAUGCUACGAGGCCCCGUGAUGUCUACGAUCAUGGUGGGUGGCGUUGAGAAGCUACCAGUAUUCGUGGCCAACAUGAGGAACCCUGUCUGUUGGGGCUGGAUUUCCUGGUUCAGAGUGCAGCAUGUGUGGACCUUGGAAGGAUGCAGAUGGGGAAACGGUACCACUGUUCCUCGAGGAUGCUGCUGAACAGGUGGAGAGCCCUGUGACGAGUUCAAAUAUCGAGGACAAGAGGCUGGAGCUGCACUGCCGAGUCAUGAGGGAAGAUGACGUUGCAGAUGCCACUGUGGCAGCCCGUGGAUGCCAGGCAGUGGCAAGUAUCUGCGGUGGUGAGGUGGACGAAGGUGCGGGUGAGGCGAGCUCCACGCUACCUCCACAUGUGGUGGACUUGGAGGUACAUAUGUAGCUUUACCAAGCUGAUUCCUGAGCAGGUGAUGAAGUUGGAGAACUUGCUGAUGGAGGACGAGGACGUCUUCAGCCGAGAUGCCCAAGACUUUGGCUGUAUGUCGCUGGUUCAGCACUCCAUCAACACUGCAGGCAGUCUGCAGGUAAAGCAGUCACAUAGCCGCGUCCUGCUGGCCAAGAGAGAAAUGAUGCAGCUGCCUCUGGACUUGGCCACAGAUGGCGCCCGAGUGUGUAGUGGUGUUGCAGCAGCGGAUGGAGGCCAUGUGGCGACAGCUGACAAGCAAGGUGACCCAUGUUGUGGAUAUACAUGCUCUUCAUGUAUCACCUAAGCCUCCAAAGGGGCUGACCAAGCGGCAUCGCGGCUCUGCAGAGUCAAUAGAUUUAGCUCAGCCAAAGCAAUCUAAGAUUUCUCCGGGUGAACAUGACCGCGAGUCCUCCAGGGACCGCUCUGCAAUGGUAGCACCAACGGUUUCUGUUCAGCCUUCUGAGACACCCUCUGUCUCAGAUCGGGGUUCUUGUGAAGAUGGUCUUAGCAUGGAGAUGUCCGAUGAUAUUAUCACAGCCGUCCCUCGUGGACCCACUGUGGCGAAAAGUGCAGUGCAGCCUGACCCUCGUCCUCCGGUGACUGGUAGGAAUGGUGAUAAUUCACAUCACUCACCAGUAGGGCGAAAGGCUGCGGUCCAACGACCCGGCACACCUCAACUCCCGGUGUCUUCUCGUCGGUUAUUUAUUUCUAGUCAGGUGAGUCAUGGGCAGACCCUUCAAAAGGCUCGCCCGUCCACUGCACCUAAAUAGUCAUCUUCAAGCUUCUACAAUGGAAAUGUAGAGGCCUUCGCACCUCGUGGGGAGAACUUUGAGCUUUACUGUCUGAGUUCUCUCCAGCAUGUGUCGCUCUACAAGAAACUAUGCUUGGUGAUAGUUCUUAUUCUAGUCCUCCUGGCUAUCGUGCCUUUUAUAGCACUCCUUUCCCUGAACAGGGGCACCAUGUUGGCACAGCUAUCCUAGUCCAUCAGGAUAUACUUAUUGUCCCCUUGCAAUUUAGUUCUUCUCUACAAGUAGUUGCAGUCAAAGUCUUUCUGGGACGGUCCUACACUAUUUGUAGUCUCUAUCUCCCUCCUCAGGUUCUUGUCCCCAGAGGAGAUCUUGAUGGCCUAGUGCAUGAGCUGA